AUGCCCGCCCCCAACCCCACCGGUUUCGACCUCGCCCAAUUCAAGGCCGCGGCCUCCCCGUCUUCAGUCUGGGCCAAGCGGGACCCAUGGGCUCGCAAUGAGACCUGGCGCUACACCGGCCCCUUCAGCCGUUUCAACCGCUUCAAGGGUCUCUUCCCCGGCCUCGGUAUCGCAACUGUCGCUUUCACUGCCUACUGCGCAUACGAGCACUUCUUCAUGAAGGAUGACCACCACCACGGUGAUUCCCACCAUGGCGAGGCUCACCACUAAACUGUUGUU